GCACGAAACAAUAGGGCCACAUUUUGCACUUCCUACUAAUGUGUUCUCACUUUCUCACCUUCAAUUCGAUUGAGGCGUGAAACUCUGCAAUUCCUGCUGCGUAGAAGCCGUGAUUCAGUCGAAGAGCUUAAGAAAUGGCGAGCUUUGAUGACCGGAGCAGUCACAAACGAGCUUUCCUCGAGUUCUUGGACCAGAAUGUAUACAAGAACGAGAUCAAGGCCAUGAUUGACCAGCGGCGCCGCCGUCUCAUCGUCAACAUCUCCGAUCUGCACUCCUUCCAAGACUUCGGUCCCAGGAUAUUGAAGAAUCCAAGUGAGUUUAUGCAACCAUUCUGUGAUGCGGCCACAGAUAUUGCACGAAGUAUCGACCCGCUGUUCUUGAAGGAAGGAGAGCAAGUUCAUGUCGGUUUCGAGGGCCCUUUUGUCUCUCGCCGUGUCUCUCCCAGAGAGCUUCUCUCUGAGUACAUAGGCACCAUGGUCUGCGUGGAGGGCAUUGUCACCAAAUGUUCUCUUGUUAGGCCAAAGGUUGUGAAAAGUGUGCAUUACUGUCCUACAACUGGAGACUUCACUUCUCGCGAGUACAGAGAUAUAACGUCUAAUGUGGGCUUGCCAACGGGGUCUGUUUAUCCUACAAGGGAUGAACAUGGGAACCUCUUGGUGACUGAGUAUGGCUUGUGCAUGUAUAAAGAUCACCAAACCUUGUCAAUGCAAGAGAUGCCUGAGAAUUCUGCUCCUGGUCAGCUCCCACGAACACUGGAUAUUAUUGUGGAGGAUGACCUUGUUGAUUCAUGCAAGCCUGGCGACCGGGUGGCUAUGGUUGGGAUAUACAAAGCACUUGCUGGGAAGACCAAGGGAAGUGUAAAUGGUGUGUUUAGGACCGUGCUGAUAGCUAAUAAUGUUUCCCUCCUGAACAAAUUGGCAAGUUCUCCAAUUUACACGGCUGACGACAUCAAGAACAUUAAAAAGAUUGCUGAAAGAGCUGAUGUUUUUGACCUACUCGGUAAUUCGCUUGCACCUUCGAUAUAUGGGCAUUCAUGGAUAAAGAAAGCUGUUGUUUUACUGAUGCUUGGUGGAGUGGAAAAGAACUUGGAAAACGGCACUCACUUAAGAGGUGACAUCAACAUGAUGAUGGUGGGUGAUCCUUCUGUUGCCAAAUCACAACUACUCCGAGCAAUCAUGAAUAUUGCUCCUUUAGCUAUAUCAACCACUGGCCGCGGGUCUUCUGGCGUGGGUUUGACAGCUGCUGUAACUUCUGACCAAGAAACAGGAGAAAGAAGGCUAGAAGCUGGAGCCAUGGUUCUCGCUGACAGAGGUGUUGUUUGCAUUGAUGAAUUUGACAAGAUGAAUGAUCAGGAUCGUGUUUCCAUUCACGAAGUCAUGGAGCAGCAGACUGUUACUAUUGCAAAAGCAGGGAUCCAUGCAUCACUAAAUGCUAGAUGCAGUGUGGUGGCAGCUGCAAAUCCCAUAUAUGGAACUUAUGAUCGCUCAAUAACGCCUACCAAGAACAUAGGACUGCCAGACUCUUUGCUUUCUCGUUUCGAUUUGCUUUUCAUAGUACUGGAUCAAAUGGACGCUGAUAUUGACCGCCAAAUCUCGGAUCACGUCUUGAGGAUGCACCGGUAUCGUUCAGCAAUAGACGCAGGGGAGGCAGCAGUUGAUGAUGCGAGUGCAAGAUACGCAAGAGAAGAGGAUGCCGAGACCGACACAUCGGUAUUUGUCAAGUAUAACCGAAUGCUUCAUGGGAAGAAAACAGAUAGAACCCGCAAAAGGGAUACGCUUUCUAUAAAUUUUCUGAAGAAGUAUAUUCACUAUGCUAAGCAUAGGUUCCAGCCUGAGCUGACCGACGAGGCGUCGGAACAAAUUGCAACUGCUUAUGCUGAGCUGAGAAAUUCUGGGACAACCACAAAGACGGGAGGAACACUUCCAAUCACUGCCAGAACGUUAGAAACCAUAAUACGUCUCUCAGCUGCCCAUGCAAAGUUGAAACUAAGUAGACAGGUAUUUGAGUUUUAAGUUGAUAUAUUCUUUAUGCUUGCUAUAUAUUUCGUGAAAAACACUUGGGCGAUCGUCUGUAAUGGAUGGGAGUUGCCUUCCUUGGCCAGGUCACGAAGUCUGACGUUGAAGCUGCUCUGAAAGUUCUGAACUUUGCCAUAUAUCAUAAAGAGUUGACUGACAUGGAAGAGCGUGAACACGAAAGGGAGAGGGAAGCCGAGAGAGAGAACAGAGCUCAGCGUCGCCGUACCAAUCGGAACACAGCAGGAGAUGAUAAUCAAGCCACUACUAAUGCGGACGGAGACGGCCCUGAUGUAGACGCCAUGGAUGUAGAUGAGCCUGCUGAGCAGCCCACUACAGGGAUAUCUACGGAAAGGACCGAAGCAUUCAACUCAGCGUUUCUUCAGUGUAUGCGGUACCAGCAGAGCAUAACCAUAGAUGAUCUGGAGAAGGCCGUUAACACAGGAGCUGCUAUUUACUCGAGACCAGAGAUCAUGACCUUGUUACAGAAACUGCAAGAUGAUAACAGAGUGAUGAUUGCCGACGACGGAAAAGUUCAUUUGGUUUGAUUUGCUAUCCUUCAACUCCUGACGUUGCCUUGCUUGACAAGUAACCAAUGGCUUGUGAAAGUGGUGCCUGAUUGAACGUGAUCGUGUAAUGUAUUUGUAGCUUGCUUGUUCUCCACACUGAUCCCCACAUUUCCUUAGCGAAUUUCGCAGAGUAGGAUGAUCAUCAUUAGCAAUGGUUCUCUCUGUGUCGUUAGCGACGUGGUAGAACUAAUAUAGCAGACUCUCACUUUCCUAUACUCCAUGUUUGUUCGGUUUGUGAACAAUCCUCUCUACAAAGUGACUAGUGACUGCCUAGCCCUAGUGUCUUAAUCACAAAUUGGUGUUUUAUGAAUGUUCGACGCAGCAGGUUUAGAACCACUAGAUUGAAAAUCGUCUCUCAUAUGGGUGCACCUAACUAUUCAUAUUAAGAUCUCUUUGCUUCUAUCAAAUCGAAGUAGCAUGUAAAUUG